AUGGCGUCGCCCUUCAGCGGGGCGCUGCAGCUGACGGACUUGGACGACUUCAUAGGGCCGUCGCAGGACUGCAUCAAGCCCAUGAAGAUCGAUAAGAAGCUGGGAAGUGGCGUGGCCAAGAUCCACAUUGAAGAUGAUGGGAGUUACUUCCAAGUGAGUCAGGACGGAGGGACACGGAAGCUGGAAAGGGCCAAAAUCUCACUGGACGACUGUCUGGCAUGCAGUGGCUGUGUCACCUCAGCAGAGACCGUGCUCAUCACUCAGCAGAGCCAUGAGGAGCUGCGGAAGAUUCUAGAUGCCAAUAAGACAGCGGCUCCUGGUCAGCAGAAGCUGGUUGUCAUUUCAGUCUCACCCCAGUCCAGCGCAUCGCUGGCUGCACGAUUCCAGUUGAAUCCUACAGACACCGCCAAGAAGUUAACUGCAUUCUUUAAAAAACUAGGGGCGCACUACGUGUUUGAUACCGCCUUCUCCAGGAACUUCAGCCUCCUGGAGAGCCAGCGAGAGUUUGUGAAGCGAUUCCGAGAACAGGCCAACUCCAAGCAGGCCUUGCCCGUGCUGGCUUCUGCCUGCCCAGGCUGGAUCUGCUAUGCCGAGAAGACGCAUGGGAGCGCCAUCAUCCCCUACAUCAGCACCGCCAGGUCCCCGCAGCAGGUCAUGGGCUCCCUGGUCAAGGACUUCUUCGCCCAGCUGCAGCAUGUGACCCCCGACAAGAUCUACCACGUGACAGUGAUGCCCUGCUAUGACAAAAAGCUGGAAGCGUCCAGACCUGACUUUUUUAGCCAGGAGCACCAGACGCGAGAUGUGGAUUGUGUCAUCACGACAGGAGAAGUUUCCAAGUUGCUGGAAGAAGAAGGAGUCUCCCUGUCAGAGCUGGAGCCAGCCCCCCUGGACAGUGUGUUCAGCAGCGUGUCUGUGCAGGAGCCCGCCAGCCAUCGAGGUGGGGGUUCGGGGGGCUAUCUGGAGCACGUGUUCCGGCAUGCAGCCCAAGAGCUCUUUGGAAUCCACGUAGAUGAGGUCACCUACAAACCCCUGAGGAACAAGGAUUUCCAGGAGGUGACGCUGGAGAGUGAAGGCCAAGUCCUGCUGCACUUCGCUGCGGCCUACGGCUUCCGUAACAUCCAGAACCUGGUGCAGAAGCUCAAGCGAGGGCGCUGCCCGUAUCAUUAUGUGGAGGUCAUGGCCUGCCCCUCAGGUUGCUUGAACGGCGGAGGCCAGCUCAAGGCCCCCGAGAUGCCCAGCAAGGAGCUCCUCCAGCAUGUUGAGAAGCUGUACAGCAUGGUCAGGACGGAGGCACCAGAGGAUGUGCCUGGGGUCCGGGAGCUGUACGAGCACUGGCUGCAUGGUGAGGGUUCGGAGCGUGCCAGCAGCCUGUUGCACACGAGCUACCACGCAGUGGAGAAGGCCAGCUCUGGCCUCAGCAUCAGGUGGUAG